AUGAAAGCAGAAGUGUGGGUGUUGGGUAUAGAAAAGUUAUUUGAGGUUUUUCCUUGUACUGAAGCCCAAAAAGUACAACUUGUUGCCUUCACUCUUGAAGACGAAGCAUGGAGGUGGUGGAUGCUCACAAGAACUGCACAUCAAGGGUUAACAUGGGCCAAAUUUUUGGAGCUGUUCUAUGAAAAGUAUUUCCCCCAAUGUAUGCGAGACAAGAAAGUGAUCGAGUUGGAGACCUUGAGACAAAGGAAGAGGACUGUUGCAGAGUAUGAGGCUCAAUUUGCUGAAUUGGCCCGUUUCGCACCACAUAUGGUGGAUACGAGCUACAAGAAGGAAAGAAAGUUUGAAGGUGGACCGGAUCAAUGUGCUGAAAUUACCUACGUAUGUUGA